CCUUAUAAAUAUCUAACAUUCCCAAUAACAUGUACUAGAACCUUAAAUCAUGCAUCACUCCAACACCAGCAAAGCACAUUUACUAAUCUACCCUCUUUCCAGCUCCGGCCACAUCAUCCCUUUACUCGACCUCACCCACCUCCUCCUCCGCCGUGGCCUCACCAUCACCGUCAUCAUCUCCUCCGCCAACCUCCAUCUCCUCCGCCCUCUCCUUUCCUCCUACCCCUCUUCUCUCCACCAACUUCUCUUCCCCGAUCCCGCCGUCACCCCAUCCCCCUAUCCCAUUGUCGGCAGAGUCAUCGCCACCCAGAAACUGUUCGAUCCCAUUGUCCGAUGGUUUCAAUCUCACCCAUCGCCGCCGGUCGCCAUCGUCUCCGACUUCUUUCUCGGCUGGACCACUGACCUGGCUUCCCACCUCGGAAUCCGGCGGGUGGUGUUUUCGCCUUCUGGUGCUCUUGGUUCUUCCAUUUUUCAAACGUUGUGGCGAGAUCUGCCGGAGAUUAAUGCCGGAGACGACAGCUGCUCGCUUUCUUUCCCGGAAAUCCCCAACUCGCCGGAAUUCCCUCGGUGGCAGUUGUCACAAUUUACACGUCUCUAUAAAAAAGGUGAACCAGAUCUCGAAUCUUUCAGGAAUGGAAUGUUGGCCAACAUGACCAGUUGGGGAAUCGUGUACAACACAUUUCAAGAGUUGGAAGGGGUUUAUAUUGACCAUAUGAAGAAACAAAUGGGCCAUGAUCGGAUUUGGGCUGUGGGCCCGUUACUCCCAGAUGAUCAUGGCCCAAUAGUUCCAACCGAACGAGGCGGGGCCAGUGUGGUGCCACCUGACGACCUUCUCGUCUGGUUGAACAAAAAGCCUGAUAACUCUACUGUCUAUAUAUGUUUUGGCAGCAGAUUCACUUUAAGCGAGAACCAAAUGAGUGCGCUGGCUUGCGCACUCGAGCUUAGUAAUGUUAAUUUCAUCUUGUGUGAGAAGGCAGACGACUCGAGCUCGAGCUUGAUCCCUAGUGGGUUCGAGUCUCGGGUCGCUGGUCGAGGGUUCAUAGUCAAAGGAUGGGCCCCACAAUUGGCUAUACUGAGACAUAAAGCGGUAGGCUCGUUUGUGACUCAUUGUGGGUGGAACUCGAUAUUGGAAGCAGUGGCGGCGGGUGUGAUGAUGUUGACAUGGCCAAUGGGUGCGGACCAAUAUGCAAAUGCUAAGCUAUUGGUUGACCAAUUGGGUAUUGGGAAACGAGUUUGUGAGGGUGGACCAGAGAGCGUUCCUGACUCGGUCGAGUUGGCUCGGUUGUUGGAUGAGUCAUUGAGCGGUGAUAGGCCGGAGCGAGUUAAAGUAAACGAGCUAAGCCAAGCAGCAAUCAAGGCAGUCAAAGAAGGAACAUCACUAGGGGAUUUGGAUAUGUUCACCAAGCUUAUAUCUGAGCUCUAAGAUCACUAAAACGUUCUCUUUACUCUUUGAGGUAGAGUACAGGUCUGCAUACAUCCUACCUUCCGGACCCCACAUUUGAGUGGAACAUACUGAUACUGGGCUUCUUUAGUUUAGUCUGGUAUUCGCAAAAACAUUAUCGCUACUUUUCAGGGUAGAAAUCACGUUUGUUUACAUCCCACCAUUCGGACCCCAAUAAACACUCUCUCCACCUAGGGGUGGAUGUAUCGUCUUUGUACAUCUUCCGCUCCCAUACCCUAUUUUUGAGUGAGAUUUUCUGGGUUCAUUUGGUUUAUGUUGUAACCUUCAGAAUUCACAAUUCUACCUAGCACUUUACUAAACAUUUACUGCUUACAGAU